AGCAGUACUACAGCUUUCAUGCAGCUUUUAUCCUGCAUACGAGUGAAAAAACAGGUAAAAAUGGCACAUCAAGAUUUUGAAGAGGAGAGACCCAAAGACCCAUUGGAGGAAAUGACAGAGGAACAAUUCCUCAAAAAUCUGUACAACUUCAUGAGGAAAAGAGAUACACCGAUUGAGAGGAUCCCCAAUCUGGGCUUCAAACAAAUUAAUUUAUUUUUGAUGUUCAAGACUGUCAAUGACCUGGGUGGCUAUCAUCAGGUGACUUCUCGCCAGCUGUGGAAACAAGUUUACAACAUGCUGGGAGGGAACCCACGCAGCACCAGUGCAGCCACUUGCACCCGCAGACACUAUGAGAAGCUGCUUCUGCCAUUUGAAUGCAACUUAAAGGGCAUAUUAGUGACUGCCGUCCCUCAGCAACCGACAAAGCACUACCACAGCGACAGAGAGGAUUAUGGUGGCCAGAGACCCUCGAAACGCCGGCUCUUAUCGCUGCAGCUGGAUCAGAGAUCUCACAACUUCCGGUCAGACCCCCUUGAGAGUCUCUACCCUUUACCUCUACACUACCCUCCCUACUAUCACCCAAGCCAACCAGUUCUGCACCCGCAUCCCUAUAUCAUGCACUCAGCACCACAUGGCUUUGGCAUAUCUAAGCCUCAGUUGCUUUUCCAUCCACCUCAUCCCAACUCAACAGACGCCGCUAAGGAUUCACUGGCUCAUUUGCGAAACCUGGCAGAGCGAUACAAAUCCCUGACUGAACCUCUCAAUCUGAGCGUGAAGGCAUCGUCCCGGGAGACUGACAGUAAUCCCAUCUCAUCGUUUUCCCCGCUAUCCAACAAAAAUCCAAAGUUUUUGAACAAACCCUCAACACUCUACAGCCCUCAUCAUACAGAGGUGCUAAGAAGUGAGGGAUGUGAGACGGAAGAUGGUGAGUCCAGUAAGCAGGUCACUUCCUUUCCAUUCCCUGCAGAAACGAGGGAGCCACACGGCAUCGAUGCCAAAGCCAUGACACCUUCCCAUUGUCCUGUGUAUGACCCUGUUCUGACACUUGGGGAUAAUGACAGCUCUGAAGUGACAGAAAAACCAAGCUCUCCACUAUCAGACAUCACCGUAAGGUCAGCAGAAGAUGGAGCGGCAAGUCCAGAGAAAAGAGGGCUCAGCCUCAGUCAUUUUUUGCAAACUCUUCCCCAACCAACGGAAGGCAAGAUGGAAAUUGAGGUACCGCUCUCGGUGUUCCGUAAGUGGCUUCAGUUGUGCGGCUCUCCUGCAAUCAUGCAUGAAGCCAGGGAGCCUUCGCUUGCUGAUCAUAAAGAGCCUAUCAGACAAAGGACCUGGUCUGAUCUGGACAUGUUCUCAAGUGAUCCUAGAUUUCCCCAACACCAAAGCAUAACUGAGGAUCUUGAGCCAAGGGGUGAACCAAGCCCCAUGCCAAUUCCACUAACAAGCAGAGCCCAGAGCUGUUCCAGCCCAAACCAUUUCACCACUCACAAGCCUCUGUCUUUAGGUGGCGUUCUGAAAAAGGCAGCCAGCUGGGACCUGUGGCCAUUUGAUCAUCAAGACAUGGAUAAGGCAUACAACCUCAAAUCCACAAAUUCCUGGGACAUCUGUGAAAAUAAGAGCCUUGCUCCCUCUAACCCAGGAAAUACGAUGUCCCUUGGAGGUCCACAAGUUGUUGCCACUAAAUUCUACGGAGAAGACAAAAUACAGUCAGAGGAAGAAAACGUGGAGAAGGAGCCCUCAGCUCUCCGCUCUGGAGAUUCCAGCUCUGCAUCUGUGUUGCACCUCACCACAGAGGAGGUCAUGAAGUUGAAGAAAAUCAUCUCAAGCUCAUCAUGAAGUACAGAUAAUGGCACUAUGAUAAAAGCACCACAUGGAAGCUGCUUUAUAUCCUGCUCUCUAAUAUCACAUCAUGUACAUAAGUUUUAUACUUUGUAAAAUAGAGAAUCUGGGCGGUGUUACGAAAUUUUUCAAAUUGCUCUAACACUGCUUUGUAAUCUUUAGCGCUUUUCAUUAUAAUUUUUUUCCAAAACACUUGUACCCAGUAAAAAGUGAUUAUUGUAAUUAACUGGGAAGGAAUGUAGCACAACCCACACAUUUGUUUUAUUUAUCUUUUUUUGUGUACAAAAUAUCACUUGUGUAAUAAAUGCAAUCCGUAAAUAAAUUCCCCAAAAUAUCUAAUGCUGUACUAUAUUUUUUACUUUUAUUUAAGAUUUUCUAUUUUCCCCGUGUGAUACUCAGCAAUCCACAGUCAGUACUGCAGAACAAUACCAGAAAAUGAGGAAAAUGGAAGAAAAUAUUACAAGAA